AUGUCAUCAAGAGAGGAAAAUAUUGACAGCAAGGACAAUGUUAUGGUUUCAAUUUCGAGUCCGCUGACAGGCAGGCAGGCAAAACCUGACGGAGACGUUGAUGAUGCAAUGGAGUAUGCAAUAAGAAAUAAAACAGAAAACCCAAAAUAUGACAAAUCAAGAGAUGCAAAGCUUCUAAGAAAGAUUGACUUCUUUUUAAUGCCAAUUAUAUGCUGUCUCUAUGCCAUUCAAUUUAUGGAUAAAUUGACCAAUUCACUAGCUUCCAUUCUCGGAUUACGUACUGAAUUGAGAAUGCAUGGCAAUAUGUAUUCUUGGACUGGCUCAGCAUUUUACUUGGGUUACAUGGUAUUUGAAUUUCCUGCUGUACGUUUCUUGCAACUGUUUCCAGUUUCUAAAACACUAAGCGUUUUCAUUGUUCUUUGGGGUGUGGUUCUAUGUCUUCACUCAAUUCCAAACUACGCUGGCUUUGUAGCACUAAGAACUAUCCUUGGAAUACUCGAAAGCUCAAUUACUCCAGGUUUGGUCAUUAUAACUAGUCAAUAUUACCGUGGUGCUAAUCCUGACGCUGGUGCAAAAGAGAAAAGCAAAUACAAAGAUGAAAUAUUUCUUCGUACUGCUUGGUGGUUUGCUAGUACUGGGUUCGGUAUUAUCGUUGGUUCAGCAAUUGCAUAUGCAAUUGUGGUUCAUCAAGAUUCCUACUCUAUCCAAGCUUGGAAGCUAAUAUUCAUCGUCACUGGUGUAAUCACUAUUUUCGUUGGAUUAGUUUUCUUAGUCCAUGUUCCUGAUAAGCCCACCAAAGCGUGGUUUCUCACUGAAGAAGAAAAGAAGUUAGUGGUCGAGCGUAUCAGAGUUAAUCAACAAGGUUUUGGAAACAAAAAAUUCAAAAUUUACCAAUUCAAGGAAGCCCUCUUGGAUUUGAGGACUUGGUUGUUCUUUCUCGCUGCUUUGAGUAUCAGUCUCCCAACUGGUGGAUUGACAAACUUCGGAAGCAUUUUGCUUGCUGAAGGCUUUGGCUACUCGCUAAAAAAGACCAUGUUAAUGCAAAUGCCAGUUGGCGCAGUUAACAUUUGCGGAUGUGUCAUUUUUGCCUGGCUUCAUCGAUUUGUUGAAUCUAGAAUGUUUUGGGCUACUUUUGGCAAUGCUGUCACAUUUGCUGCCCAAUGUAUGCUUGCGUUCGGAAAGACGAACCAGAUCAUGUUUGCCGGUUAUAUAGUGCAAUCCCUCGGUCCCAUUGCUUUUAUCUGCUUGUUGGCAAAUAUUUCUAGUAAUGUUACUGGACAUACCAAGAAAGUUACUGUUAAUGCUAUCUUAUUGGUUGGAUAUUGUGUUGGUAAUUUAAUUGGGCCGCAGACUUUCUUGGAUUCAGAAGCUCCAAAUUAUAAGACAGCCAAAGCAUGCAUCGUUGCUUUUGGUCUUUUGAAUUUACUAUUAUUUGUUCUUAUCUGGUUGAGUUAUUUGUGGGAUAACCGAAAGAAGAAUAGAGCAUAUGCUGAGGCUGGAGAAAUCGAUAUGUUCGAAAACUACGAAUUUGCUGAUUUAACGGACAAGGAGAAUCCUCUCUUCAGGUACAAGAUCUGA